UGGUCAAUAUGCGAUGAGGACUCGUUUCUGCGCAACACUGAAAGAGCACUGACUGAUUGAGACUGAGUGUGUGUAAAAAUAUUUACCGACACGUCUGUUUCUCAAUUUACCUGAGCUUGGCAAUGGAUACAAAAAUUCCAGUUAUCGAUUUGGCUAACUUUGAAAAAGGCCAGCCGACCGUAGAGCAGACGAUAGAAAUUGGAAAAGCUUGUUUGGAGUUUGGCUUCUUUUACGUCGUCAACCAUGGAAUCGGGGAAGAACUAAAAGGAAAAGUCUUUGAAAAACUAUGGCAAUUUUUUAAUCUCUCGACUGAGAAAAAAGGAGAAAUUCACAGACGUAACGGUUUCCGUGGAUAUUUUACGAAAGGAGAAGAGCACAGCAUUGAGUAUGGCUGCGUUGAGUGGAAAGAAGGGAUAUAUUAUUUUCGUGAAUUUAACAACGUACCACAGGGAAGAAGAGAAAGAGUUUUCUGUGGCUCUAACCCUUGGCCGAACGAUGAAUAUGUCCCGAGAUUCCAGAAAGUAAUAUGGGAGUACUUUGAAAAGACUCAGGCAUUGGCGUCGAAAUUGCUGGGCUGCAUGGCGAUAUUUUUAGGCCUGGAAAGGGAUUUUUUCAACAAGGAAUUCACUAAUGAUCCAUUUGCUCAAAUAGCUAUGUUUCACUACCCUCCCUGCCCUACAUCAAAAGAUGACCCAGAGAUGUGGGGAGUGGGGAGACACACUGAUUAUGGCAUGCUUACAGUUCUUCUCCAGGAUGAUGUAGGUGGACUUGAAGUGGAGACCAAAGAUGGACUGUGGACAGAUGUUCCCCCAGUUCCAGGCUCUCUCAUCAUUAACAUAGGAGACAUGGUAGAGAUCUGGACAAAUGGGGCUUUUAAGGCCCCUCCCCACAGGGUCAAACUGUCAGCAACUAAUCAUAGGCUUUCAGUUGCAAUGUUUUAUGAGCCAGGGUUUGAGAGUGUUAUCUCACCCAUUCCUGUUGACAAAGCUCUAAUUCCUUUAGAAAAAUCUAUGGCAAAGCCCUUUUUGACGUUUCCAAUACGCUAUGGUGAUUAUGUUCUGAGUAAAUAUUGCAGCAUCCUACCAGAGAAUAAGCCAUAACAUAAAAUAUGUAACACAUGUAAAGAUACAGUUCUAGAUAAUUUGUUGCUUUUUAUAAGAAUAACUCGUGAUUUAUGAAGUGAAUUAUAGGAUUAUUAAUGCACUCUGUUGCCAAGUAUUGUAGCUACCCCAAGAAUUGAAAAAAAUAAUAGAAAAAAUAUUUAAGCUGCAUUCAUUUGUAACUGUUGAUAACAGCUUGCACAGCCAUUACCAAAUUUAAAUUUGUUGAAUUUUCCCCCUCUUGGAUGAAAGAUAGGCCAUGACAGAUUUCCCUAAUCUGCUCCCAUCUAGUAUACUCUGCAAUUUAGUGUGCUUAGUGAGAGAAAAAUCAAUAAACCUUUGCAGAAAUAAAACAAAAAUAUGAAGAAAAGACUUAUGCCACCUUACACACAGGCAAAUGUUAAACCUAUAACCUGCCAGGUGGAUUUUAAGGCAAUUGAAAAUUUCCAUGCAAAAUUAACCACAAGGGUUAGAAAGCAGUUUAUUUUCCCUUUGGCAGGCAUAAUUUUUGCUAGCAAGUGCUCAGUUUUUUCUUGGUUGAAAAUUAUAGCUGCAUGGUGUGGGACAAUAAAAGUUACUUUUCCAUU